AUGAUGCUUCCGUAUCUCGCUCCAUUGGUUGCGGUGCUUGCCACGACAGUAGCCGGCCACGGGCAAUCCCCAGUGGACAUGCAGGCUCUCCUUGGUCCGCUUCUAUCGCCAAGUGCCCAGCUGUAUCUUCCUAAUGAUGCCGAAUACGCCGGGGUGAAUGAACGGUGGUCGAGUAUCGGAGGGCCGUCGUACGCGGCAGCUGUCCGGCCUGCUACAGAGGAGGAUGUUAGGAAUAUCGUCAAAGUGGCUUCUGAGCAUGACAUCCCUUUUCUGGCAACUGGAACCUCCCACAGUGUCAAGCCAGGACUGCCCGGCUACACCACCCUGGAAAACGCAAUACACAUUGACCUGAGCCAAAUGAAAGAUAUCUCAUUGGAUCACGAAAGUAACACGGUAACGAUUGGGCCUGGAGUGACCAAUGACUUGGUAUAUGAUACGCUGUAUGCCGCCAAGAGAGAAACACCGAUCAGCACGGACCGCUGCCUCAGUACAUUGGGUACGAUGGUUGGAGGUGGCCUUGGAAGCCUUCAAGGCGUCCGGGGGAUCUUAGCUGACUCUCUGGUCUCUGCUCAUGUUGUUACCGCUGCCGGCGAGCUGAUCACAGUUUCCAAAGACAGCAACCCCGAUCUAUUCUGGGCAAUUCGGGGGGCCGGGCAUAACUUUGGGAUCGUUGUCUCCGCGACGUUUAGAACAUACGAGCCGACCAACGGUGGAUUGAGUUGGACAGGAGACUUCAUCUUCCCGAACAGCCAGAAUGCCUCUGUAUUCGAGCUGGUGAAGUCGCUAGAUGACGGUCUCCCAAUCGGCGUUUUUUACGGGGUCAUGGGAACUUUUAAUAAAACCACAAAAGAGCCACUUCUCACUGUCCGACUCAUCGUCAUGGGCGACGAGGAAUAUGCUGCGCCCCAUCUCGCCAAAGUCAUGGACCUGAACCCUUUGAGCUCGACCUGGGAGAGCAAAAAAUGGAACACCUACGGCCACAAUUCUGCCACCAUGUGUGAGAAGAGUUGGAACGUAACCUUGUACUCGAUAGGAAUGGAAAGAACUGACGUGAGCACACUAUCCGAGGCAUGGACAAACUGGAGCACCUUUUCCGUGGAGCGUGAGAUGUUCGAUGGGUUCUGGAUGGUCGAGCGGCAUCCGGAGCAAGUCUUGCUGGCGGUCCCUGAGGAAGAACGGGGCGUGUAUCCAUGGAGAGAUACAAAGCUCUACAUGUUCUUUGUCAACUACAUGCUCGACGCCAGCCACAAAUCCGAAGUGCAUGCCACCAUGGCACCUAUGCGGGCCAAGCUGCAGGAGGUGAUGGGCUUUGAGAACCAGCAUGCUUAUGUCAACGAGGCGUACGGUGAUGAGGGCCCGGAGGUUUGGUUUGGAGCACAUAACCUGCCGCGGCUGGUGGCCUUGAAACAAAAGUGGGAUCCGAAAAACCAGUUCGGUGCUGGGAUGCCCAUACCACUGAGCCUGUAG